CUCAAUUUCUAGUCGCAUUAUACGUGUUUUGGGAUGCAAUCCUAGUCCAAUGACAUUGCAAGGCACCAAUACAUAUGUUAUAGGAACUGGUGAAAAGAGGAUACUGUUGGAUACAGGCAAUCCUGGAGUUCCAGAAUAUAUCAAACUUCUAAAAGAUGUUCUUCAGCAGCAACAUUGUUCUUUACAGAACAUAAUUGUGAGCCAUUGGCAUUUAGAUCAUGUUGGCGGUGUACCUGAAAUUUUAAAUGAAUUAAAGCAAGAUUGCUUGGUUUCUAAGUUGCCAUUGCCACCAAGUUCAACGUCACCUCCUCUUGUUUCUGAAAUAAAGUACAAUUUUUUGAAGGAUGGGGAUGUUAUUUCUGCUGAAGGUGCUACUUUGAAGGUUAUUUCUACUCCUGGUCACACAGAAGAUCAUCUUGUUUUAUACCUUGAAGAAGAAGACAGUUUAUUUAGUGGGGAUUGCAUCCUUGGUGAAGGUACUGCGGUGUUUGAAGAUUUCCAUGAUUAUAUGCUUUCCUUAGAAAAGAUUUUAAAGUUAGAACCACAGAAGAUUUAUCCUGGCCAUGGUCCAGUAAUAGAAAAUCCAAAGAAGAAAAUUAUUGAGUACAUACAGCAUAGGAUGCAAAGAGAACAACAAAUAUUGGAUGCAUUAGAAAAAGCUCCAUCUGAAGGCCUUACUGCUGAAGAACUUGUACAACAAAUUUAUAUUGAAACACCUGAACAUUUAUUGAAAGCUGCAGAAAGAAAUGUAUUCCAUCAUUUAAAUAAACUUGUUAAAGGAAAUACUGUAGGAGAAAUCAAAGGAUAUAAAGUUGAAGACACCAAAUAUUAUUUGCUCAAAUAAAUGUCCCAAUGAAAAAGCAAUGUUCGAUAUAGAUUAUACAUUUUUAUACUAUUAAAAGCCUUUUAAUGUUAUUUUG